AUGACAUCAACAGUGUCCAGAAUUAAAUCGAUGAGAAAAAUGGAAGCGGAGGCAACGACUGAGACAAAACUUGUUGAAAAUGAGAUCCAGCACUCGGUACCAGAACAACAGGAAGAACAAGAACAAAACGUUAAUGGAAUUGGAUCAACUUCACUAAGACCAAAACUGUCAUCAUCAGCAGUUCGAGUGACUAGAGUUAAAUCAAGUCACAUACGCACUAAAGAGGCGUCAGCAUCGAAAGAAGAUAAUGGAAAUCGUAAUCAGCACAUAAUAUCAUCAGCAGCAGAAGACGAUAAUGUAGUGAAAUCAAAACGUGAUUUAUUUGUAGAAAGAUAUUCAGUCCUGCCGCCUUUAUUAUCGGUAAUUGAAAUACCAAAAUCAGCUGUAAAUCCACGAGUGCAACGUGUACGCCGGCAGUCGUCAGCAACAGUCAGUUUUGUAUCGUUGAAAUUAAAAGAAGAUAAUCUGGUAUCACCAUCGCCUAAAGUUGCCAUCGCUAACCCAUUUUCCGUAUUAAAUUCAUUAAAUUUAGGCAAACUUGGAGAUAUACCAGAUAAUCCACAACAGAAUUUAUUCAACGACAAAUUAUCCGAUGAAACAGAAUCGUCUGUCACUAAUCAAAAACGUCGUUUUCUGUAUAACACAUUCGGAGAAAAUGAAAAGCAGAAAAAGGAACGUAAACGACGUAGAAAAAGUCUAGGUGCAUAUAUUUGUUGUUCUCCAUGUUGUUGUCUAUGUACAGCGUUGGCUUUGAUCUUACUGCUGGCUGGACUAGCUGUACUAUUAGCACUUCUAUUACCAUCGAAGACAAAUACGAUCACGACCACAAGUACAACGACUACAACUACUACUACUGCUACAACUACGACAACUACAUCGACAACAAGUAAGCUAAAAAUGAAAACCGUGCGGUUUCAAGCAACGGGCCUUCAACAACUACAACGACUACUACCAGCACCAGUAGCACGACAACUUCAACAAGUAUGUUUACAGAAGACGAGCCUAUUCAGUUUCGUAGAAAAAUGUAAGAUGCGCCUAAGGCAUACUAGAAGUGGAAAACUUUUCGACGUUUUUUUAGCCUAUCCGACACAGAAUUCCGCGCUGAUCGCGAAUAUGUGUCUUCCACUUUUUUUGGAAACUUUUUUCGAUAGAAUGAUAUUUUUAUUCCAUAGAAGUUGCUUUCUGUUGGAGAAAGUAGGACAAUUUCGACUUUUUCGCCUCUGAUUUAGUAAAAACGAUUUUUCUCAGCGAAGAAAAAACAUUUCAAAAAUCUGGACAUAAACUUUUGAAGAGGAGCUUCCGAUGAAUCGAACCACGUCAAAAUAUUGGCUCUAGGUACUCGGGGAAAAAGUGGUGUUAGGUUUGCCAAAUCGGUCCGACUUUUUUAACCGUGCCUAUUUCGAGCCCUUGGAAAAAUCCAGUUCUCGUUCUGGCACUUUUAAACUUACGAGGGAACGCCACCAACUGCCUCCUCGCUUUUGAGCUUAAACUCAGUUGACAAUAGGUAAUCGAACGUGCUGAUUCCGAAUAUCACAAUGGUUUUUUGCCCGCUUUCGAUUUAAAGACCCGUUUUUUAAAGAUCUUGGUUUUUCAAUCGAAAAACCAUUUUCACUAAAAAAUUUCCUUGACCUGCCCAAAUGAAAGAGCACGUCGUCAAACCUACAGAA